CACUUGCUUGCAGCUGGCCACAUUCUCGCUGUCUCGGUUUCAGCAUGUGGAUCCCCAACUUGCCUAUCACUGUGAUCACAGGUGUGGCAGCCACGGCUGGCGCGCUAUGCUUGUUCAAGGACAUGUACGGCGGACCGCCGUUCGACCGCAAGGUGCAGGCGGAGGGCAAGACGGUGGUCAUCACUGGCGCCAACACCGGUAUCGGUAAAGAGGCCGUGUGGGAGUUUGCCAAGAGGGGAGCUAAGGUGUUCAUGGCAUGCCGCGAUAUGACAAGCUGCGAGGAGGCGCGCCGCGAGAUCGUACUGGAGACGGGCAACAAGUUCGUCUAUUGCCGACCCUGUGACCUGGCCUCUCUCGCCUCCGUCAGGGAGUUCGUUAAUAGGUUCAAAUCCGAGGAGCCUAAGUUGGACAUCUUGGUCAACAACGCCGCUGUGAUGGAGACGCCAAAGGGAGUGACUAAGGAUGGCUUUGAAACACAACUAGGAGUUAACCACAUGGGACAUUUCCUGCUUACUAAUUUACUAUUAGACACAUUAAAGGCGUCGGCACCGAGCCGCGUGGUGGUGGUGACUUGCGACGCACACCGACGUGGAGACAUCCGAAAAGACGACCUGAACAUGAGCCAGCAGUACGAGCCCAACGCCGCUUACUGUCAGACCAAACUUGCCAACUUGCUCUUCGCAAGAGAGCUUGGGAGAAGACUGUUGGAGAGCGAUGUGUCAGUGAUUGCGGUGGACCCUGGCUUCUCUGACACGAAUCUGACGCGUCACAUGCCGAUGUCGAAGAGUAUGACGAGGUUCAUCAUCUACCCGAUGUUCUGGCCGGUGAUGAAAGUACCGCGCGCCGCCGCACAGGUCAUACUGCACGCCGCGCUCGAUGAUCACCUCGCUAAGUGCACCGGUGAUUACUAUGUUGACAUGAAGUUAGCAACACCAUCAGAGAAGGCGCAGGACUACGAGCUUGCAAUGUGGCUGUGGAAAGUCAGCGAGAAAUGGACGCGUCUGCAUGCGCCCGCGCAGGCCACUGCAGUACAAACAUCGUGAAAUUCCACU